UGCGCCAACUUUGGGAAUCAGGGCAUCACUGUGGGCUGCUGGGAUUUGUACCGUCACGACAUCGACUGCCAGUGGAUCGACAUCACAGACGUCAAACCUGGAAACUACAUCCUGCAGGUGAUCAUUAACCCAAAUUACGAAGUGGCUGAGAGCGACUUCACCAACAACUGCAUGAAAUGUACAUGCAAAUAUGACGGACAUCGAAUCUGGCUUCAUAACUGCCACAUUGGUGAUGCGUUCAGCGAGGAGGCAGAGAGGAGGUUUGAGAAAUACCCCGGGCAGCUCAAUAACCAGAUUCCUUCAAUAAAUCAACAAUAACUUCCCGACAUAUGCGCCCCAGAGUCGGGGA